GAGUCUAUAUAUAGGUGUAUGCGCGAUGUUAGUUACACCUUCGAUAUGCGGGAUGUAUCGACCAGCAGUUCCCUAAUGUUCAACGCAAGGUACGACCAACCGAUGAGACCGGGCGAGGACGACGACUAGACACUGGCUCGGUCGACGAAGAGGAAUUUCUAAAGGAGAUGCAUAGAGAAUUAAGGGUGAAGUUAGUAAUGAAGUGGGAUAGUCGCGUACGCAGUAUCCCAUUCUCAUACUUUAAGCGACUUCAAUUAUGUUUUGAGGAGUGUUAUUGCGCGAUGGGGUGUUGUCGAUUAGUUGAUGAGGUACUCGAAUUAUUUGAGGAAUUCAUGUAUGUGGACCCGGAACGAUACGAAUCAGCUCCGGGUAUGAUUGAGGUUACGGGGUGGAAUAACGAGCAGGAGAAAGAUGAAAUUCAUUCUUCCCUGAUGUGCCUAGAGGGUGAACGUUCGAUCGACAUACGAUUUAUUGGGAAGUCGAAAAAGGAGAUCAGAAUGGAAUGUCGGGCGGCUGGACGACAUCCGUAGCUGUAUAAUCAUCAUGGAGAGCCGGGACUAUUCGCGGACGGAAUGCUUUGCGUUGGGCUUAACGGCGAUACUUUUGAGGAUGGUAAGGUUGAUG